CAACAAGGUCAGCGGUCAGUUUUGAAUUUUGAAAGGAUGAUGUAGUGGGUUGUUUUCCGUGUACGGAUAUAAAGCAUCUUAUCAAAACUUACCAUUGAUUCUAAAUCUAACAGUUCUUGAAUCAUGUCUGCCACAUCCUCGUCCAGUGCUAUCUUUUGCAAUCCAUUUUAUUAUUUGGAAGCGAUGAAACAUAAACAUGCGGACGUUUUCAAUGACUGGUGUUGUACAGAGCUGUCACAUGUAUUAGAUUUCAAAGGCACGCAGAGUGUUGGAGAUGUAUUGCUCGGUAAUACUGAAAUCAAAUAUCCAAGAAACUCUAUGAAGAAGUUCAAAGGUCAGAAAAGACGAAUUCUUGGAGGAGUUUUUGGAGCGCCAUUAACUGCUGAAGGCUAUUGUCAAGCCAAAGUACUGACAGAAGUACCUUAGAAAGCAUCUUCACAUUGAAGGUAUUUUCCGAGUUCCUGGGAAUGCUGAAAGACAGAGGUUGUUAAAAGAGAAGAUAAUAGCGAGUGAGAUACUUGACUUAGAUACAGAUAUUUUCACUCCUCAUGAUGUAGCAUGUGUGUUGAAAACAUUCCUUGGUGAACUGCCUGAACCACUAUUAUCAGACAAACAGUUCCAAGCACAAGUACAAGCAGCAGAUUUAACUUACAAGUUAGAAGAAUAUAAGCCAGCAGCCAUGAGUGAAGAGAAUUUACAGAAAUGGAGAGAUAAACGAAAACAAGACCACAUCACAUCCCUGACAUAUUUAUUUUUAAUGUUGCCGAGUCACAGCUAUAAACUAUUGCAGGAGUUGUUGGAACUGCUUUAUUUGGCUGCUAAAGAACAGACUCAUAAUAAAAUGACAGCAUAUAAUCUUGGGGUUAUGUUUGCACCUCAUGUGUUAUGGCCAAGAUAUUUUACUACAGAUGAUGUCAGAGAUCAAAAUUUUGUCAACAAAUUGAAUAAAGGUGUGGAGUUUAUGAUAAAAUAUUCUCAGAAGAUUUUUAGGGUACCACCACUUUUACUCGCUAAAUGUGAAGCUCAUAUCAAGAAUGAAUCAUUACAACACAAUCAGAAUGAGUUGAAAAACCUUCAAGACACUCAAGAUGGCCCCAUUAUAAGUAAUCCACAAAGUGCCAAUGUCCGUGUGAAAACUCGUCAUACAACGGAAGACGCACUGGGAAAGUUAUUCGAUGGAGUUAAAAGUAUGGAACCAAGUGCAAAGAGGAGAAAACUGAUGAAAAAUUUUGCCAAGAACUGUCACAUGCCUGGUACACCAGAAAGCGUUAGAGAUGAUGCUGCUAGAUUCAUGAGAGAGAAAAAACACAGUCGGAGUAAAUCGUUUGGUGGCGUCAUCAAGAAACACAUAGUUACACCUUUCAACAAAAAGCAAAGAAAAAACCGGCCAGGAUCACCCCCAGCAACAACAGCUGCCCCUAGAAGUCGGAUGAUAUUGCAUGAUGAUACAACUAACUCACCAAAUCGUCAUUACAUCAUCCAUUUCCCCUAAACACAAACGCGAUACUUUGAUCCUUCGACUAUUUCACGAUGAUGGCACGCCAGAAAAAUCUGCAAGUCCUAAAACUAGUGUACCGAGACAGGUGAUUUCAACCUCUAAACCUCCACUGCAAACACAUAAUCUUUAAGAAUGUAUAACGCUAUAUACGAAUGAUGAAAUACUCAACACUGCCAUCAACUCGUACAUAAAUGCACUACCAGUAUGCACAUUUGUGCAGCAUUUGGUCCAAAGGGUGUAUUCUGCUGAAUCUCUGUUCAUCCAAUGGUUGCAGUUUUUAAACAAGAUACACCAUCAAUUUUGCAUUUGAAGUGUCUACUGCUUAACAAGCCUUAGACCAUGUAGUUAACACAGAGUACUGUCCACAAGCUCAUUAUUCCAAGUAAAAAUACAGUACUUGUACUGUUGAAAUAUUCUAUUUUAGUUUCCAAAAGUCUCGGUGAGAUACACAUUGUGCGAGUGGUAGUG